AUGAGCCGGAAGUAUGACGCGCCAGCGGGCCUCCCUCCGCUGAAGGAUCUUACUAUUGACAAUAUCACUGCGAAUGUCCACGCCAUAAAUUCCCAAUGCAGAGAUCCUCGCACCAAAUAUCUCUUCGAGAGACUUAUCGUUCAUCUCCACGAUUUCGCACGAGAAACUCACCUCAAUACCUCAGAAUGGGAAACUGCCCUCGGUUACUUGGUCGAUGUUGGCAAAAUCAGUACAGAUGUUAGACACGAGUUCAUCCUUCUUUCGGAUGUACUGGGGCUUUCUUUGCUUGUCGAUUCUAUUGACCACCCUAAACCCCCCGGCGCGACAGAAGGCACCAUCCUUGGUCCAUUCCAUACAGAGGAUGCGAAUACGAUUGAACCGGGAGGCCUUAUUUCUCAUGAUCCGCACGGAGAAGCGCUAUUUGCAGUGUGUUCAAUCAAGGAUACUCAAGGGAGGCCGAUACCUGCUGUCAGCGUUGACGUCUGGGAGACGGACUCAAAGGGGUUCUAUGAUGUUCAAUAUGCAGGGCGGGAAACAGCAGACGGCCGAGCUGUACUCACCAGCGAUUGGGAUGGCAUGAUCUACUUCAAGGGCAUCGUGCCAGUUCCGUAUCCCAUCCCGCAUGAUGGGCCAGUUGGAAAACUCCUCAGUGUGCUAAAUCGUCAUCCCUACAGACCGAGCCACAUCCAUUUCAUGUUUAAAAAGGAAGGAUUCGACAGACUUAUCACGGCCCUUUACCUACGUGGCGACCCUUUCGAAUCAUCUGAUGCUGUAUUUGGUGUUAAGGAAUCGCUGAUUAUUGACCUGAAAAGGGUUGGUGAUGUGCCAGGGCUUGCGGAGAGGCACAGUAUUUCAUCCGACACUAGACUGUUACAGUAUGACUUCGUACUUAUCACCGAGGAGGAAACGCGUGCUUUAAGGAAUAAGGCACAGACGGAAGCCGCUCGCUAA